AUGGCGGAGGCAGCGGCUCCCAAGUCAUACAGCCUAGAUGCUGUCAAGAAGCCCUUGAAGAGGGCGCGUGUGAAUCGUCCCUCGAAGCUGCGUGCGAGCAUCACCCCAGGCACAGUGCUGAUCAUCCUCGCUGGCCGCGACAAGGGCAGGCGCGUCGUCUUCCUCAAGCAGCUCGAGUCCGGCCUCCUCCUCGUCACCGGUCCCUUCAAGGUGAACAGGAUUCCCCUGAGGAGAGUCAACCAGCGCUACGUCAUCGCCACGUCGACCAAGGUGGACGUGAGUGGCGUUGACGUGGCCAAGUUCGACGACGGCUACUUUGCGGGCGAGCAGAAGAAGAAGGAGAAGAAGAGCGAGGGCGAGUUCUUCGAGACCGAGAAGAAGGAGAAGAAGGUGGUGUCGCAGGCGAGGAAGGAUGACCAGGCGGCGGUGGACGAGAAGAUCCUGGCGGCCGUAGGCAGCGAGCCGCUGCUCAAGGAGUACCUCGCUGCUCGCUUCUCACUCACGUCGGGAGACAAGCCCCACCGCAUGCAGUUCUAG